AUGUACAUUUUUUAUUUUGGCGCACUUUGCUCUGUCACUGAUCUAAAUGGUUUAAAAUAUAAUUUAGUGCUAUUCGCUGCUUUGCCUCAACCAACUGAUGCAUGCAGAAAUUUUGAGCCCACCGUGGCAAAAACUUCUUUAAUAUAUACGACUCCAGACGUUUGUUUUGGCAAAGUCGACUUGGAUCAAUAUCCUAUGCUAGCUGAAGAAUACGAUAUUUCGUUAUCUCCUACUAGUUUGGACCUUCCUACGUUGAUUUUGCUCAAGAAUGGUAAAGAAAUUUCGAGAUUGCCACAGAGGAUAACUGAAGAUUUGGAUAGAAUAAAGAGUAAAACUCUUCGAGAUGUAAAAGACACAUGGGAUCGCUUGGGAUGGGACAGGAGCAUGCAAUCAAUAAUUACUGUAUUUAAACUUGAAAGUUUACACAAGACAACUUGA